AUGGGAACCCUUUCACGCAGUGCGGGUGGUAGAAAACCAAACGAGACUAUGAGGCUAAUUGUGACAACUUUUGUAGGAGUAGUUUUUGGAUUCUUGAUAGGUGUAUCCUUUCCAACCUUGUCAUUAACAAAGCUGAACCUCUCAUCCAGCCUUCUUCCAAAUGUUGAUCUGUCGUACAAUGAGGACCAGAAAUCAGACAUCUCCAGGCAAACAAUUCUAAAUGCUUGGUCUUCUACGAGGAGUAAUGAUAGCUCAACUAAAGCUCAGAGUUCAAAUGGUACAGCAAGGAUUUGGGUGCCGUCAAAUCCUAGAGGUGCAGAAAGACUACCACCAGGAAUUCUUGCAGCUGAGUCAGACUUCUACUUGCGCAGAUUAUGGGGCAAGCCCAGUGAGGACUUGACCAUCAAACCAAGGUACCUUGUAACAUUCACUGUGGGUUUGAAUCAGAAAAAGAAUAUUGAUGCAGCAGUGAAAAAGUUUUCAGAGAACUUUACAAUUCUUCUUUUCAUUACGAUGGCCAAACAACUGAAUGGGAUGAGUUUGAGUGGUCUAAGCGAGCUAUACAUGUGGUAUGCCAAGCGAUUUUUGCAUCCUGACAUUGUGGCCCCAUAUGACUACAUAUUUAUCUGGGAUGAAGACCUGGGAGUCGAGCAUUUUAAUGCAGAAGAAUACAUAAAACUUGUGCGGAAGCAUGGCUUGGAGAUUUCACAGCCUGGUUUGGAACCCAACAAAGGCUUAACAUGGCAGAUGACAAAGAGGAGAGGCGAUCGUGAAGUGCACAAACAAACAGUGGAAAAACCUGGCUGGUGCACUGACCCACAUCUGCCUCCAUGUGCAGCGUUUGUUGAAAUCAUGGCUCCGGUAUUUUCUAGAAGUGCCUGGCGCUGUGUGUGGCAUAUGAUUCAGAAUGACUUGGUCCAUGGGUGGGGUCUUGACUUUGCCCUGAGAAAAUGUGUAGAGCCUGCGCAUGAGAAGAUAGGAGUUGUAGAUUCUCAGUGGAUUGUUCAUCAAACCGUUCCCUCACUUGGAAGCCAGGGUGAAACGCAAAAUGGAAAAGCACCAUGGCAAGGGGUGAGGGAAAGGUGCAGAAAGGAAUGGACAAUGUUCCAGAUGCGCGUAGCGAAUGCGGAAAAUGCGUAUUUUAAGGCCAUCGGGGUUGAUCCUUCCAAUUCGACAACCCAUUAG